AUGGCUACUUUAAGUGUGACAGUGUUGGUUCUAGUGAGCUUGACUUUACAUUCAAUUUCCGCUCUACAGCUGGGCCCAUUCACCAUACCAACCAUUGCAAACGGUGGUGCUUUAGGAUUCUCCAGCAGUUUUCUAAGCGCCGCACUUGAUCCUCAAUCGAGACGAGUUUCCUUCGCAGCUCAAGCUCCACCAUUCGGUAAUGGUGGCAGUGCUGGUUCCCCAUCACUAGGAAGCUUAGUUGAAACAUUUACCAAUCCAUUCGCUAGCUUCUUGCCGUCGUCGUCCUCAGCAUCUUCUAGUGUACCGAUUCCGAGAGUAUCGGAGUUUACUAAUACGCUCCGUUCGUUUAGUAACGUAAUUCCGGAAGGUGUAAGUCGUAUUCAAAAUGCCGCAAGUUCCUUCCAAAAUCGUGCUACAAAUGCUCUUGCUACAAAUGCGUCGCGAUCUGUGUUUGAUCCAUCUGCAAUUCUUAAUCAGUUUGCGCAGUUGAUUCCAACCACUGAGCAACGUAGUGCCGGUACACGAGUUAGUAACGGUUUAAAUGCGUUAAACCCCGUGCAGAGUGGCCUAAACGUAGCGUCAAACUUUGAACUGAACUACUCCUCUAACAAUGAUGAAAAGAACGCACAACGUGUUGUUGAGUCGCUUGCCAACUCCGUCCCGGAAGCUUUAUCCAAAUUAUCCAGUGGUCCAACCAUCCAGUUAAAUCGAAAAGAUCCUCACUACUAUCCCGGACGGCAUGUAAUGGUUCACCUGUUCGAAUGGACCUUUAACGAUAUUGCGGUAGAAUGUGAGCAAUUUCUCGGACCUGCCGGAUACGGUGGCGUGCAAGUAUCACCCGUGAACGAGUACGUCAUUGCAGCGAACCGUCCCUGGUGGGAAAGAUAUCAACCCAUCUCGUACAAGAUUCAAUCUCGGUCUGGAAAUGAACAACAGUUCGCCACUAUGGUACGUCGUUGCCAGACCGCUGGUGUUCGGGUGUACGUAGACAUAGUCGUCAAUCAUAUGGCAGCUGCUGGUGGUAGUGUACCACUUUACGGUACUGACGGAUCUCCGAGUGAUCCUGCGAACAGACAAUACCCUGCCGUGCCGUACAAUCGAACCCACUUUCAUUCGUCUUGUAGCAUACAGAACUAUCGAAAUGCCACGGAAGUGCGGAACUGCGAGCUGAGCGGUUUGCCGGAUUUGAAUCAAGCAGAACCGUACGUUCGUGAUCGUAUUGUUGAGUUUAUGAAUCGACUGAUCGAGCUGGGAGUGGCCGGCUUUAGGAUGGAUGCAAGCAAACACAUGCAGCCGGAAGAUUUGAGCGCUAUCUAUAAACGGUUGAACUAUCUGAAUGUUGCGUUCGAUUUUCCAGCUAAUGCAGCUCCAUUCAUAUAUCAGGAAGUGAUCGAUCUUGGAAAUGAGGCUGUAACUGCCUCCCAGUACACCGAUCUCGGGGAGGUGACGGAGUUCAAGUAUUCUCUCUUCAUCGGACUUAUCUACUAUGGCACGAUCGAAGCUUCCGCAUUUCAAGCGCUGACCAAAAACAACGCCACUCAGUUCGGUUUACUGCCAUCCGAUUCGGCACUAGUGUUUGUGGACAACCAUGACAACCAGCGGGGACAUGGAGCGGGUGGUGAUUCGAUACUUACCUUCAAAGAUGGCGCAAAGUACAUCCAAGCAAUCGCAUUCACGCUGGCCACCGAUUAUGGCACGGUUCGGUUGAUGAGUUCCUACAAUUUUACCGACACCAACCAAGGACCACCUGCAGAUGGGCAGAAAAACAUUAUGUCACCCGGGCGUCCUACCAACGACGGUACCUGCCAGAAUGGGUGGAUUUGUGAGCAUCGAUGGCCAGUGGUAAGACGGUUGGUUAGCUUCCGAAAUCUGGUGGCUCCAGCACCACUUACAGAUGUUCAGAUUACGAGCGGCACGUUUGCUUUCUGUCGUGGAAGUGUUGGAUUUGCUGUAUUUAACUCCGGAAAGGAAACGGUGAACGGUGUAUGGAGCGUGUGUCUUCCUGCAGGCGAGUAUUGUGAUAUUAUUACCGGGCAAAGGGUUGGAUCCGAUUGUACCGGAACACGUGUACUUGUAACGGAUGAAGGCACGGUUAGCUUAACACUUCCAGCUUCCUCCAGCCUAAUACUCGAUCUUAUUAGACGUGUUUCUUGA